GCCGUCCGCCACAACCAAAGGCCUAAAAAGGGCGCUCCCCGGCUUUUUAGGCCAAUCACCGUGCCGGAAUUGUCGGAAGCUUAUCACCGAGUGACCGAGCCGACCAAGCUAAUGACAAAUUCUCUACAUGGAGCUCAACGUCCCCACUGGAAUUCGCUUCUUGUCUUCUUCUCCCACUGGCUUCGCUCGACGUUUUUUCUUCGUCCUUGCAACUGCCAGGAAUUCAUUUCCAUCCAUCAUGUCUUCCAGAAUUGCUUCCUGCGCCCUGCGCUCGGCAGGCCGAGUGAGCUUGAGCUCAGGCUCUCGCCUUACUGUGGCCCCUCUACGAAUGGCUCGCACAGCUGCUGUGGCGAGGCUAACAUCACAAAGAGGAUAUGUCACCGAGACCAAGAGGGAUAAUGCCCAGGUCGAGACGGCUAUCAAGCUCGACAAGACGGCUUUUGCAGAUAUUCCUCCCCCUGGCACUCCCUCUAAUGCCAAGGUUAGCCCAAUGGCUGAGGUCUUGAAGUCAGCAGCAGUCAUGGAAGAGGGCCAGCGCCCUAUCUACCUCGAUAUGCAGGCUACCACACCUGUCGAUCCUCGAGUCCUCGAUGCUAUGAUGCCCUUCUAUGUUGGCGUCUAUGGUAACCCUCACUCGCGGACACAUGCCUACGGUUGGGAAAGCGAGAAGGCCGUGGAGGAUGCGCGUGAGCACGUUGCCAAGCUAAUCGGAGCUGACUCCAAGGAAAUCAUUUUUACCAGUGGUGCGACUGAAAGCAACAAUAUGAGCAUCAAGGGUGUUGCUCGCUUCUUUGGCCGUUCUGGCAAGAAGAAGCACAUUAUCACAACACAGACUGAGCACAAGUGUGUACUUGAUAGCUGUCGUCAUCUUCAAGAUGAGGGUUUUGAGGUCACGUAUCUGCCUGUUCAAAAUGAUGGACUCAUCAAGAUGGAAGAUCUUGAGGCUGCCAUCCGACCCGAGACUGCUCUCGUCAGUAUCAUGACUGUCAACAAUGAGAUUGGUGUCAUCCAGCCUAUUGAGCAGAUCGGCAAGCUUUGCCGAUCAAAGAAGAUCUUCUUCCAUACUGAUGCUGCUCAGGCUGUGGGCAAGAUUCCUCUCGACGUCAAUGCCAUGAACAUUGACUUGAUGUCGAUUUCCUCACAUAAGAUUUACGGCCCCAAGGGCAUUGGUGCCUGCUAUGUCCGAAGACGUCCCCGAGUUAGAUUGGAUCCCCUCAUUACCGGUGGUGGUCAGGAGAGAGGUCUUCGAAGCGGAACUCUUGCUCCGUCACUCAUUGCUGGCUUUGGCGAAGCUUGUAGAAUCGCCAAGGAGGAAAUGCCUUACGACACAAACCGCAUCAAGUACCUCUCAGACCGUCUACUCAACGGCCUUUUGAGCAUGGAACACACAACACAGAAUGGUGCCCCUGAAUCCUUCUAUCCCGGUUGCGUUAACGUCUCCUUUGCUUACGUCGAGGGAGAGUCGCUCCUGAUGGCUCUCAAGGACAUUGCCCUGUCUUCGGGCAGUGCUUGUACUUCUGCCUCACUGGAGCCCAGCUACGUCUUGCGUGCGCUUGGCAACAGUGACGAAAGCGCUCAUAGCAGUAUCCGAUUCGGCAUCGGUCGUUUCACCACUGAAGCGGAGAUCGAUUACGUCCUUAAGGCAGUUCAAGAGCGUGUUAGUUUCUUGCGCGAGCUGAGUCCUCUGUGGGAGCUCGUACAGGAGGGUAUCGACCUCGACACUAUCCAGUGGAGCCAACAUUAGGCUGUCAUGUAAUGAAGAUGACGACUCACGCUUACCCCGACUUCUCUGACCAGUGUCAGGUACGGGAUGUAUAUCAAAGACGUUAAUGAAAAUGGCCGGCAAGAGCGAGGCUCAGCCGUGUCUGUAUAGCAUACUGUAAUAUCAGAGAUACCUCUUUCUUUAAAUUCUGGGGAUGAAAAUAGGGAGUCAUUGGUUCAAGGAGCUUGCAAUUAUCAGGGUAUCUGGUCUAUAGGCGAACAAACAGGCGCCUCUUUCAAGUAUCGCAAAGGUUCAGGAAUAGUCUUAACCUAUUGGAAAAGAAUGAUCCAAGUUACGAUCAAACAAAGGCUAUAGUCGCACAAAAUGGCACACAACUAUUCACUAUGGUACAAAUUCGACCACGUUUUAUGUUUUGAAAAUGGUGCCAUAUCUGACGC